GCCUUCCUGGUGUUUGGGCUACCCUUCAGAGUUUUCCACUAAACCAGAAUGAGAGUUCACUAGUCAGCUUACACACUCUGCUGUCUGUGCUUAUCCACUCCUCAUUCUUGGGCGCUUGUUUUGUUCAUACCUGUUCGUCUGGAUUUUCUGCUUUUAUCGGUUUAGUCAGAUGUUAGCUAGUUAGCUUUUACGAUAUCUUAUUGCUAUUUUUAGACGAGUGGAAAAACUUUUGUCCUUCACUCACCUUGGCACUAAGCUGCUGGUGUGUAGUCUGUCUAGAGGCUUGUUGGCUGUCAUGCUAGCUAUACACUUUGAUCUGCAAUGCCUUCCUCUGUGGCUGUUUUCCCCCGCAUUGGAUACAGGAAGCUUUUUCACUGGUUGCUAGGACAACCAAGGAGGAUGUCCCCCAGCAGGAGUCAUGGAAGCCUUGGGCUUGAUUUCAGCUUGUCUCAUUGCAGCGCGCCUGCUGACCUGCUGCUGGCUGGGAGGAGGAGCCAACUUUGCAGAGGAGCUACUCCUGGCCCAGUAUGGGUCCUGCCGCCCUGCUGCCCCGCCAUGAGACAGAGCUCCUCCAGCAUCAGAGCCAGUGCUCCUCUCUCCCUCUGCUGGCCGCUGCACAGCUCUGACUCGCUCUGCUCCAGUAGUAACAGGAGUACAGGCGGCAAGAUGUCAUCCUCUACGUCCUCCUCCUCCAACAGCGAUGGACAAGGGAAGCCUAAACCUAAAUCCCCGUUUCGCAAGAGGGGGAGCCUGCAGAGCACCACCAGCCCUGAUCUGAGCGGUGCAUCCGGGUCCAAACCUCUCAAGCCCCAGAGAUCGCUUCCAGGGACGCCUGUUUCUAUCACACACUACCCGAUCGACCUGCGAAUAUCAAUGGAAGAAAAGUACAAAGAGAUUGUUGAGGAGCUAUUCACACGCAGCAUGGCAGAGAGCGAGAUGCGAAGCGCUCCCUAUGAGUUUCCAGAGGACAGCCCCAUCGAACAGCUGGAAGAGCGACGGCACCGCCUGGAGAGGCAGAUCAGCCAGGACAUCAAGCUUGAGCCCGAGAUAUUGCUCCGCGCCAAACAGGACUUCAUGAAAAUCGACAGUGCUGCAGAUCUGGAGCUUUUAAAUGAGAAGAGCGUGGACACUGUGGAUGAUGGCUUUAGGGAGAGAGCAUUGCCGAUGGAGAAAGAGUACCAGCGGGUCUCAAUAUCCGGAGAGGAGAAGUGUGGGGUGCCCUUCACUGACCUGGUCGAUGCGGCAAAGUGUGUGGUGAAGGCAUUAUUCAUCCGGGAGAAAUACAUUAACCGAUCUAUGCAAAGCUUUUGUAAGACCACAGCCCACGCCCUGCAGGAGCUCGGGUUGAAGCCUCUGGAUCUGAGAGUGUAUGAGGAUAUACCAGAGACCCCUGUAGACGCUGAUGCCCCUGUCCAUCCACCUGUUUCAGAGACACACCCCUACGACAACCAGGACCCCAAGAAUAUGCCCCCAGACACAGGAUAUGGUUGCAAGAUGGUGGAUGGAGUAGUGCAUGUCUACACCAAGAAAACCAACAUGGAUAAGAGCUCAGAACUGGACCUGCCAUACCCUGACCUGAAGGAGUACAUCACUGACAUGAAUGUGAUGAUGGCCCUCAUUAUUAACGGGCCCGUGAAGUCCUUCUGCUACCGCCGUCUGCAGUACCUGAGCUCUAAAUUCCAGAUGCACAUCCUCCUGAAUGAGAUGAAGGAGUUGGCGGCUCAGAAGAAAGUUCCACACAGAGACUUCUACAACAUACGAAAGGUGGACACACACAUACACGCAUCAUCCUGCAUGAAUCAGAAGCACUUGCUGCGAUUCAUCAAGAAAGCCAUGAAGAAAUACCCCGAGGAGAUCGUUCACAUAGAGCGUGGACGCGGUCAGACCCUGAAGGACGUGUUUGAGAGCAUGAACCUGACGGCCUUUGACCUGAGCGUAGACACUCUGGAUAUGCAUGCGGACCGCAACACAUUCCAUCGGUUUGACAAGUUCAACGCCAAGUACAACCCCAUCGGAGAAUCCAUCCUCAGAGAGAUCUUCAUCAAGACUGACAACCACAUUGAAGGAAAAUACUUUGGACACAUAGUCAAGGAAGUGAUGUAUGACCUGGAGGAAAGUAAAUACCAGAACUCUGAGCUGCGUCUCUCCAUCUACGGUCGCUCCAGAGACGAGUGGGAUAAACUGGCUCAUUGGGCUGUUAAGCACCGGGUGUACUCUGAUAAUGUGCGCUGGCUCAUCCAGGUGCCCCGCUUGUUUGAUGUGUAUCACACAAAGAAGCAGCUGUCUAAUUUCCAGGAGAUGUUGGAGAAUAUCUUUAUGCCUCUGUUUGAAGUCACAAUCAGCCCCCACAGUCAUCCUGAGCUGCACCUCUUCCUGCAGCAUGUGGUGGGCUUUGACAGUGUGGAUGAUGAAUCCAAACCUGAGCAUCACAUUUUCAACCUGGACAGUCCGCUGCCAGCUGACUGGACAGAAGAAGACAACCCUCCCUACUCGUACUACCUCUACUACACCUACGCCAACAUGGCUGUGCUCAACCACCUGCGACGGCGGCGAGGUUUCCAUACGUUUGUGCUGCGACCUCACUGUGGGGAGGCGGGGCCGAUCCACCACCUCGUAUCAGGCUUCAUGUUAUCAGAGAACAUCUCCCACGGGCUGCUGCUCAGAAAGGCCCCGGUGCUGCAGUAUCUCUACUACUUGGCUCAAAUCGGCAUUGCCAUGUCACCGCUGAGUAACAACAGCCUGUUCCUCAGUUACCAUCGCAAUCCGCUGCCAGAGUACCUGUCCAGAGGCCUCAUCAUCUCUCUGUCCACUGAUGACCCUCUUCAGUUCCACUUCACAAAGGAGCCUCUGAUGGAAGAGUACAGCAUUGCUACUCAGGUGUGGAAACUAAGCUCCUGUGACAUGUGCGAGCUGGCCAGAAACAGUGUCCUCAUGAGUGGCUUCUCACACAGGGCUAAAAGCUACUGGUUGGGCCCCAGUUAUUCCAGGGAGGGUCCUGAGAGCAACGAUAUCCGCAGAACCAAUGUCCCGGAUAUCCGUGUGGCGUACCGCAGCGAGACGCUCUCUGAGGAGCUGCAGCUCAUCACUCAGGCUGUGCGCACCGAGGAGCUGGACACCAUAGACGAGGAAGACUCUCUGUCCAUGGGACCCCUCCCAGUACGACCCUGAAGUCACGGCCAUCCCUGACUCGUCCUGUGAAUCCAUUAGCCCACCCAGCAUGAAACUGAAGCCCCCUGGUGUCUGUCACGAUCGUAUAUUCAGUAUAAACACCUCAACAUACUCUAGAACUAUACUGGACACUGACAGCUACAUAAGCCAAGGAUACAAGUCCGACACAGCGCUCCAUCUUCUACCUUCUUCAGCGUAUUGUGUUUCAAUCACCUUUUGGUUGCAGAAAAGAAUAUGAGCCCCUUAUAUCUUUGCUGAAUUUGUAAAUUAAUAUUCAAGCCUGACCUUUCUGUGUUUCUUUGUUACAUGUUCAGUCUCAGUCGGGAUAGUGAAGAACAACAGAGGGGGCCUGAACCUGAAUGACCAGAUCCACAAUGUAAUCUUUACUAUUUCUUAGUCUAUCCUGGAUGUCCCCUGUUAUUAAUUCUGUUAUUCAGAGACAUGUUUAAAUUCACCAGAGUUUACAGAGCAUGUAGGAUCUGUAUAGUAUCUGUGCACGACAUAAACCCUGACAACAGGCACACUGACACUCGUCAUGCAUCAAUCAAUCAUCUUUAUUACACAAACUUCUAAUGAAGGUUUGCAGUUUGACAAACCAACACAACCAACUUUGACAUGUUCUGUGUUUUAAGCUACUGCUGUGCAGCUUAAAUCUGAGAUGUAUACAUCAGCUGAUUCAAAGGAAUCCUACAUGAAGAGAGGAUCUUUGUCUGUCUGAAUCUUGCUGUGUGGCUUUAGGUGUUUUUGCCAAAGUACACACACAGAAUUGUUCUUCCGUUAUUUAUCAACUUAGAAAGAAAAAUUAAAGAGACAAACUCCCAAAGCCUUCAAGCCAGGAAAGAAGCAGUAUCCUGUAGAUGAGUGAAAAACAUUCCACAAAUGCUGAAAAUCACAGGAUGGUAUUUACUUUGGUGGAACACAGAAAAUAAGUGGAAAAUUGCAUUUUAGAUUUCAUACACAGCACAAAUAAAUGUGGACACAUGUACCAAUGUCCGAGGAGAACACUCCUCACUGUGACCUUACUGUGGCCAUGCAAACCUGGACCCUCUCUCCCUGAUUCGACUCAUUACUCCCCUUCUGGAAAGGUUUUCCCCUCUGCAUGCAUUGAGCUGUACAUACUAGUAUGCACUAAGCCAAGACUUCACAGUGCCUUUUCCUUUACAGCUGUGGGCGCUGCUUGCCCAGAUUCUGUCUUUAUAGGGGGAAUGUUGCUUUGUUUCUCUUUCUAAACGUACAAAUGUUUUUGUGUUUGCAUGUCUGCAUGAGUAAUAUGAAUACUGGAUGGCAGAGAGAAUGACUCUAAUGUUAAAGAGUCUUUACUGAUUCAGGGCUGCAGACAGGCUUUCAAUUCAGAAAUCUGUUGCAGCAAACAGAUUCACACUAACCAUGUGGAAAGGAGAAAAAAAAACCAUGCUGGGACAUGGUUGAGACUGUUGCAUGGUUCUUGUAGCAAAGAUUAUUUUUGAAUCACCUCAAAUCUAAUGAAAGCUGGGAUCAUGUUUUGUAUUGUACACUUGUGUUAUCACACCCUGCCAAUUCACACGCCUCCCAUCCAGCUCUGAGCACUGGAGCCUGGUUGCUGCUGUCUGGGAAUGUUCAAUGCCAAGACUCAGAAGAUGUCAGCCUUUCUGAAUGACCAACUGUUCUGUAUUAUUACAUGUACAUGUUUGCUUCUAGCGCAUUAGGAUGAAAGUGAGGUACAUUUGUGUGCUCUGCAGGAACACAGUAGCUUCUAAGUGUUCAGGGGAUGCACUGGAGUUGUGUGCUGAACAUAGUGAGAUGUGGGUUGGAUUUCAUGUGUAAAGUGUAUUUUUUUAAAGGCGAUAUAGAAAUAAGAAAUUUUAUAUUUACAAUAUAAUAAUGUUGAAGUUUAACAUGGUUUUGUUGAUUAGCUUUAUGUCAUAAAAGUAGAGUUUUUCAAUACAGUUUAACGCCGUCAGCCUUUUUCAUUUGUUAAUGAGGCGCCAUCAUUUUGUUUCUAGUCUUCAUUAUUUGACAGGAGCCAUUUUUUCCUUACCUGCUUACUUACUCUGGAUCAUUUUAAGUCUGUUAUAUUGAAUCACAAUGAUAAGAAGUCGCCACUUGUACUCAUCCACUCAUAUUUAAAAAAAAACAAAAAACAAUCCAUAAUAAUAAAAGCACAUCUAAAGGUCUAUUUUCUGUUCUAGAUUUACCAUUUUAAAAAAAUUUAUUUGAUGGCUUUGUAUAAUUUACAAGAUUAUUGUGGGAACAUGUGAGUUAGAAUGUGCACCGGCCUGAACCUUUUCCAUCCAUUUAGCUGUACAGCUUGUUACUGCGUCAGUGUCCACAUGGUUUCAUUUUGUCUCAUACAGUCGGCACAGAUCAGUGCAUAUAUUACACAAUGCAUCCUACCUCACAAAUACUCCUCCUCUGAUCAGUGUCAUCAUGCCACCGCUCUUUACGCUCCAAAGCCACAACUUACAGUUAUUUUCACAUUUUAGAAAGCCAGUCUUUGUUUGGUCAAUAAAGAAAUAGGAAAUAAGUGUGCAUUAUAAUUCUCCAUAGUAGAUUAUUAACUUUUAAAGAUUGGCAAAACUGUUGCAGAGUAUGUUAUUGUCCGUCUAAUAAUCCAUUAAAGUUUAUUGCACAUGAGAAAGGAUUCACAAUAUGGAACAGCUGAGACUAUUGAAAGAAGAAACCGUAACACAUUGACUAUUUGGAUGCCAUCACAAAUCAAUAUGUUUGAUCAGCUGUUCAGAUUUUAUACUAUAUUCACAGAUAUAUUUCUACUAUACAGUGCAUCCAUAACAGGUACUCUAAUGCUUACAAUCAAUAUGUGUUUGUGUUCAGAUGACAUGUUCCUCAUGUUUGUAUUCACACUGAUUUGAUUUGAAUGUUUGCCUAAUUUAAUGUUCAUUGAUUCAUCACAGAUGUAUUGCCUGAAAUGGCUUGCCAGUGUUAAACACAUUCAGACUCUUCUUCUGAUAAUGCUCACCUGUACCGUCUGAAUAAUGAAAUAAAGCAUGAAAAUUCACUGAG